AUGGCGCAUGGGGAGAUCAGAGACGCCAUCCUGCUGGGCAACCCGGGGUGCGCUCUGUCUCUGGACCAACUCGCUCUCAUCACCCAGGUGAUUCCAACAGAGAGCGAGGCGCAGCAGCUGUUGGCGUACACGGAGAGCCGCCCCCUGGAGAACCUGUCAGCCCCUGAGCAGUUCCUGCACGCGCUCGCUACCAUUCCCCGCCUGCGAGAUAAGAUUGAUGCGUGGGUGUUCAUGCUGCGCUGCACUGACAUGGUGGCAGACACACAGCGCCUCAUUCACACCUUCCAGCGCGCCUGCCACCAGGUGCGGGAGUGCAAGCCUCUGAGGGCAGCCAUGGCAGCAGCGCUGCAGGCAGGCAACGAGCUCAACUACGGCAGCACGAAAGCCGGCGCCCUGGGUUUCAGCAUAGAGACGCUACCAAAGCUGGCGGACCAUCGGGUCACCCUCUCCGCGCCACCAGCGCCAUCACCCCACCCUCCCACCGACCUCUUGUCUGGCUUCCGCACCCCACCCCUACCUCCUCCUGCUGCUGCCCCUCCUGCCACUGCUGCUGCUGCAGCUCCUGCUGCGCGGGUGACAGCGGCAGGUCUUUCCCCACUCCAUCAGACUGUGUGUGAUAAGUCGAGUUUUGUCAGAGUUGAGUCGACUCAAAACUCCACUUAUCACACACUCCAUCAGACUCCCUACUCUUCCCGGAGCUCUUCUCUCCCCGCUGCCCCAGGGCCCUUUUCAGCCAUGAAAAGUUCAAGCAGCGUGGGUGCUUCUGCUGCUUCUGCUGCUUCUGCUGCUGCCCGCACUGCUGCACUGCUGCCUGAGUCAAGAAGCACCGGUCCUCACAUCCCUGUGCAUGCAGCACCGGCUGGUAGCAAUCCUGCCACCUACCGCGGUGCUGGUGGUUGUGGUGCAAGCAUUGUCAGUACGAGCAUGGGCACAGCCACUGGCAGAAGCACGGGAAGCAGGAUGGAAGGGCGGCAGGUGAAACGAGCUAUGCUGCAGGCGACCAGCCUGCUAGACGUAGUCGCUGUGCUGGUAAUGGCAGGCGGAGCGGUGCAGCGCGGUACGGAGAUGUCCAAGGCUCUGGAUGCCGUUGCUGCUGCUGCAAGGGUUCCUCUAGAGGAGAUUCAGAAGAGCCUGGGGGGUGUGGAUGAGGGAAUCACGACAGUGGAAAAGGAACUGGCGUUUGUGAUUAGUGAGGAAGAGGCUAAAGAGGCCGCUGCUGCUGCGGCUGAAGCAGCAGCGCUUUUGGAGGGAGGAGGGAGUGAGGAGGGGGAGGAGGGAGAGGAGGGAGAGGAGGGAGAGCAGGAGGUAGCGGAGAGGGGAGGCGGGGAGGGUAGCGGUGGUGGAAGUGAGGGGGGAGAGGGAGAAGAGGGAGGGGGCUCAGGGGAGCAGAACGGAUUAGGGGAUGAAGAGGAGGGAGCGUCGCUGUUGCAGAGCUUGCGGGGGAGGAGUGACAGGGAGGAAGCAGAGACUCCGGACGGUUCCUCCUGUGCCAUCACCUGCUGGGGCCCUCUGCGAACUAGAUCUGGCCGGGGGAAAAGGGGAUGGGGAGGGAUAGAGGGAGAGGGAGAGAAAGGUGGGAGGAAGGAGAGGUUUGGGUGGAGAGGGAGUGCUAGGCGGUUGGGGAGAGAGUGGGAGGAGUGGGGGAAGAGGGAGAGGCCGCCUGUGGUGCGAGGGAAGGAGAUGGGUGCGAGGAAGAAGGCGGGAGGUGGGAGAGAGGGGAAGAAGAGUAAGAAGAGCGGGAAAAAGCGGGAGGGACGAGGGGGAGGGGAAGAAGGGGGUGUGGGAAGUGAGGAAGUGGGGAGGGAGGAGGAGGGGGUGGGAGGAGGGUGUGAUAGGGAGGGAGAGGAGGGGAACAGGGUUGCAGAUGGAAACGCAGUGGCGAAGUCUUCUGGUGCUCUCGCUGCUGCAACACCAUCCCCUGCUCACUCAAACACAGAAACAAACCCAGGAGAGGAGGAGGAGACGAAGCGAGAGACAAAGCAUCACUCUGAUGGCGCUUGCAUUGCAUCCACUCCCACUGCCGGCAUCGGGGCCUCCUUCUCAGAUGAUAUCAGAGCAGGCGUGAAGCUCAGGAGCGUUCCCCCCACGCCCCGAGGAACGGGGGCAGGCGGGAGGAGGUCUGUUCCCCCCACGCCUAGAGGAAUUGGGGCAGGCGGGGGGAGGAGUGUUCCCCCAACGCCCCGCACACCGGCAGUGGGGCAUGAUUCACGCAAGUGCAUGGCGUUCAAGAGGAGCCCUUUCAACGGAGUCAUCGCCGCAACCCCUCGCACGCAGCAGGUGUGGACCGAGCAGCACGGCAGCACCAGCAGCAACCUCCCUGCUUCCCCUCCACACUACCACACCCUCGCUCCCUCCGCCACUCCUGCUGCUGGUGCAGCCACAGGGGCCGCACUGGCAGUAGCGAAGCAGGAGGAGGAGGGGGACGAGGAAGAAGGAUUAGAGGAAGAGUUGGAGGGGAACGAGUGGAGGGUGUAUGACGAGGUAGCGGCGUGGCAGCAGUGGCGCCGGAGCAGGGGAGAGGAGUCGGGGGAUGAGGGUGACAGGCGGUAUGCAUCGAAUGCGGUGGGUGUGUCGCGAAAAUCAGCUGUGCGUGUCGCAUACGGGUGCCACGGAGGGGGACCUGUGGCUGAAUUGGCACGGAGAGAAGCCCUGGAGGGGUUUCCCCGGUGCCAGAGCGAACCUGGCAAGGCGUGUGGGGAGGAACAGGCGGGGCGAGAGGAGCGUUGGGAGGAGGACGGGGAGGAGGACGGAGGAGAGGGGAUGGUUUGGGAUGGGUUGGAAGGGAGCAAGCGGGAGGAGGAUUAUUUUGCGUUUGAAGAGGAGGGGGUGCCUGGGAUGGCGGCGUGGGGCGCUUGGUACAAAGCCGUGAGCAGCUUGGGAGUGGGAACAGAGGCGGAUGUGUGGAGGUGGAAGGAUUUGAGAAUUCUCAAAAGUGGUGCUGCUGCCGAACCUGAUGCCCAUGGUGGCGCAUGGGAAGGCCCUAACGAUGGUGAUGGUGAUGGUGCUGCCGACGAUAAAGAUGAUGACGAUGGUGUUCCAGUGUCUGCUGCUGCAUGGCAGUGGGAGUUGACUCUCUCUGACCGUCUAACGCAGUUUCUAGACAGGGCGAGGGCGGACAGGGAGGGGCUGGUGCGGCAAAUGGAGGAGAGCAAGCAGCAGUUCCAGCAGCUUGCAACAUUUCUGGGAGAACCCCCCUCGUCCUCUCCCCAGGCCAUUUUUGGGGCACUGGCACGUGUAGUGCAACGCGGUGCAAUCUGCGGCAUAUGCGGUGGAUGUGCUUCUGCAAUUGCGAUGCACACGCUAGAUCUUACCAUUACCAUGGUCUUUAUGCAUGUGAAUGUGCAUCUGUAUGCACCAUAUCUUUUGCCGGAAGCUUCCGCAUUUGGCGCUGCGGCGCCACUUGUUUGGGCGGGAACAGCCUGCGGGGCUGACGCGCGCAGGCUGGGAUGUAAGCGCAAGGGAGGCGCAUGGAUGGGGGGAGAAGUCGGAGCAGGCGGAGGGGAACUCGGGAUUCCGGGAGUUGGUGCGGGGGGCAUUGGGAGCGCAACGGGGAUGGAUGGCGUGGUGGGCGGGAUGGGGAAUGAAAUCAUGGCGGACUUGGGGAAUCCAGCAAAACGGGCGAGACUGCAGCUACCAUCAGCACCAGCGGACCCCGCGUACGCAGUCUCCACUCUCCCAACCUCAUCGAAUCUUUUUGCACCUCCUUCCAUCUCUCCAACCUCCGCCUCUCCAUCCUCCCCUGUCCUCCGCGCCCUAACCCCUCCUCCGUCACCCCCUCUCUCGCCUACAUCAAUGCAAGCCUCCGCUUUCCUCUCCACCCCACUCACUGCUGCUGCUGCAGCUGCACCCACUCCAUCUGCCGCUCCUGUUGCAUCGGUCGCUGCUGCCAUUCCAAGCAACUACAGUGCCAUGGCUCCAAUCGCUGCUACUGCGCCUACCUCUCAACCACCUUUCCAGGGCGCACGCUCUAUGGACACAAUUUCUGGAUCCCCACACACGCCACUGCACGCACAACUGCAGGCUUCAGUACCACCCACUGCACCCUUUCCCUCGCAAGAAGCAGAGAAUCAGAAAGCCAUUGUCCUGUAUUCUCCUCCUGUCAUCCCCUCUCUCUCCACGGGCGCUGGCACGGGUGCUGGCGCUGGGAGAAGAGCAGAGCGAGAAGCCAUGGCAGGAGCAUCAGCGUCACUCGCAGCACGAGCAGCGGCGCAGCAGUGGCCGAUAGAGAAGCUCAAGGCGGCAUGGCUGGGGGCGAGCCCCAUGGAGAAAAGGGUGCUUGGGGGCAUGAUUGGAUCGUUGAUGCAGGGCCAACCGAUUCAGAUCCUGGGAGGGAGCAAGCUGCUAGAAGCCCUUCAGCUGCAUCCGCCUGGUGUUGUGGAUGGUGGGUUGGGAGGCGACGAAGGGUUGAAGGCACAAGCAGAGGGUGAAGAGGAGGAGGACAUAGAAGAAGAGGUGGAGCAAGCAGAGCAGCAACCGGAUUCGUUGAUGGCGACAGCGGAUGUCAUGAACCUGGAGCCGCAAAAAAUUGCCUGCAGCAGCUCUAAUGAAGGAAACUAUGGGGAGGACAUGGAAAUGGUUUGA